AUGCAUUACUUACAGUUGUCAUUUACAGCAAGUACAUUUUCUUUCUGAAAAUGUCUACAUGGAAUAUGCUUUUCUUCAAGGCCAUAAUAAUAUUCUCUUUAUGUUCUUCAUGCACCUGUAAUAUUGUACAGAUUGCCAGACAAGACGGCGUGGCAGGAGAAGAUGUCAAUCUCAGUUGUGACCAUGCGGCAAUAACAAGUAGUGAUUACAUCCACUGGUACAGGGUGUUUCCAGGGCAAGGACCAGUAUUUCUAAUCAGUGGCUUCAGGGACAAUGAACUUGAAGAUUAUAAAAUAACCUUUGGAAAAGACAGAAAGUCCAGCAUCCUCAGUAUAAGGGAUGUGAAGCCUGAAGACAGUGCUGUCUAUCUGUGUGCUCAGAUCCCAUAUAGUAACUACAACAAAUAUGUCUUUGGAGCAGGGACACAACUGACCAUCAUUCCCAAAACAGACCGGACAAGCCCUUCGGUAUAUCAACUGACGUCUUACAAGCCAACAGAAAGUCUCCCGAACACGGUCUGCCUGGUUACUGAUUUCCCAUCACCAAAUAAAACUUUGGAUGUAGACAAACAGGAAAUAGAGCUGAAUGAUAUAGCUGUGCUGGAUAAGUCCAGUAGUGAUGUGUGGAGAUACAGCGCAGUCAUAUGGGACCAGGACAAUCCCUCCAAGGACCUCAGCUGUGCAGUGAAGUAUGAUGGAGAAACUGUCCACCCGGAUACCAUAAUAGAUGAAACAACUGAUACUUGCUCAUCCCUAUCUGUCACUAAACGUUUCCACACAAACCCAAGCAUGAACACCUUGUCAACUUCAGUUCUUGGACUGAGGAUUCUUACCGCCAAAGCUGUUGUCUUCAACCUAAUGAUAAACCUGCGCCUUUGGUCAUCUUAAGAUAUUCUUCACUGGGCUCAAAACAGCAAGAGGGAUCAUCAGUCAUUUUCAUCAGUUCUGUUGGAUGAAAUGAAAUCUUUAUCACCAUUCAGACAUUGUAUAUAUAUAUAUAAUCAUAGUCUGGCAUGUACUGGAUGUAUAUAGUGCCAAGAAUAUCAAGCAGGUUUGAGAUGAUUAAAAUAGAAUUACCCAAUUGAUAUAGGAAGAAACUGUGUCAUCCAUUAUACUCAAUUGUAAUUUACAUAGUGUAUGUACUGUUUCCGUUACAUGCAUUUUACUUAGUAUGUUCUAAUCUUCGUAAUGUCUAUACUGUAUACUUGUAUUAUAUAUGUCUGUUCUAUACAAUGUGAACAAUAUCACAAAAGUUCUAUUAAAGCAUUUAUUGAAAAAAGAAAA